AUGGCGCCAAGUUCAGUCUUACCCAAUUUGGUCAAGCCAACCGCUGCGGGACCAGAGUCAACGCCAUCGCGACGCGUAGCACAGCUCACGGAACACCUCGUACCAUUAGAGGGCAUCGAGCAGGCUGGAACUCACACUACCCUGCCGACUCCGUAUCCCGCCUCGAAGUUGAAGUUGGAUCCAACCCAUUGCCUCGAUCAUGCGCGCAAGGUCAGUGUUGCAGUCAUAGGUGCUGGUCUAUCUGGUAUCAAUGCAGGUAUCCUUUUGCCUGCCAAAGUACCAGGCAUCGAAUUGACCAUCUUUGAGAAGAAUAAUGAUGUUAGCGGCACGUGGCUUGAAAAUGUCUAUCCCGGAGUGCGAUGCGACAUUCCAGCUCAUGUAUACCAAGCGACAUACUCACCCAACACGCAAUGGUCUGAGAUCUUUGCGCGAGGCGCUGAAAUUCGCGACUAUUGGCAGACGCAGGCUAGGAAGCACGAUGUUUACAAAUAUGUCAAACUUCAGCAUCGCGUUGACGAAGCAGAGUGGGAUGAUGCGCAGUCCAAAUGGCGGGUGACAGUGCACAACCUUAAAGAUGGAACUACGUCAACGGAGACUUUCGAUUUUGUGAUCACCGCCAUUGGCCGAUUCAACCAAUGGAAAUUACCUGAUUAUCCGGGCUUGAAUGACUACCAAGGCCAUUUAAGGCACACAUCGAAUUGGGAUACAUCGUUCGAUCCAACAAACAAGAAAGUCGCUGUCAUUGGCAAUGGCGCAAGCGGUAUCCAGGUUGUGCCAAAUUUACAGCCCGUUGCAAAACACAUCACCCACUUCGUUCGCAAUCCAACAUGGAUCGCAACAUCAUGGGCUGGCGAUGAGCGGACUUUUGAGCCUCAGCCAUACACCGAGGAACAGCGCAAGGCUUUAGAAGACCCUGAAACGUAUCUGGCCUUCCGGAAGGAUAUGGAAGAUAGAUAUUGGAGACGAUUCCGAGCCAUGAUUCGUGGAACGACCGAGAACCAAGGCAUGCGAGAGCAGUUCAUUGAAGUCAUGAAGAAGCGUGUAGCGAAAAAGCCCGAACUGCUUGACGGACUGAUACCGGAUUUUGCGCCGCAUUGCAGGCGACUCACACCAGGCCCUGGAUACUUAGAGUCUCUCACCGAAGACAAUGUGGACCUUGUCAAGGCGCCUAUCAAGCGUUUCACACCUACAGGUAUUGAAACGGUCGAUGGUAAAACAUUCGAGUUCGACGCGAUAUUUUGCGCGACCGGCGCCAAUACCGACCUUGUUCCACCAUUUUCGAUUAAGGCGCGUGGGGAGGAUCUACAUGAAGCAUGGAAGCCUGGAGGUAAAUGGGGCUUCCCUUAUACAUAUUUUGGACUGGCUACACCUGGAUUCCCCAACCUGUUCUUCCUAGCUGGGCCGCACGCUACUGGUCCUUCCGGUACGGUACCGCACGGCGUGGAGACGUCGCUUGCAUACUUUGCGAAAGUAUUUCGCAAAGUUUCCACACAAGGCUACAAGUCUAUAGCGCCAUCAAAGGAGGCAACAGACGACUUUGUCGACUACAGUGAUGCUUUUUUCCCUACUACAGUCUUGACUGAUAACUGCUCGUCUUGGAACAACGGUGGAGUUCCUGGACAGCGCAUCCAUGGCUUAUGGCCUGGUUCAGCUGCGCACUUCACCAUCGCUAGACGGGAGCCACGUUGGGAAGAUUGGGAGUACGAACGCGAGCACAAGGGCAAUCGCUUCGCCUACUUUGGCAACGGUUAUACGGAAGCAGAACUGGAUGACUCGACUGAUUUGACUUCAUAUCUUAGGGCGCCUGGUCAAGAAAUAGAUUUGAGAGAUCUUCAUGAACGCUGGUGGGAUGUGCCAGGUGCAGAGAGGAAGUCAUAG